CGGCGCCGCGCGCGGCAAAUGGAGUGGGUGCUAGCGGAAGCGCUGCUUGCUGAGAGCAGGGACCCCCGGGCCCUGCUUGGGGCGCUCUGCCGAGGGGAGGCGUCUGCGGAGCGCGUGGAGACGCUGCGGUUUCUUCUCCAGCGCCUCGAGGACAAGGAGGCGCGUGGGGGCGGCGGGGACGCGGGUGCGCGCCCCGCGGCGGUGCUGCAGGAAGCGGCGCGCGAGGCGGCAGUCGGGUACCUCGUGCCUCUGCUGCGGGAGCCCGGCCCAGAGUCGCCGCGCCUCCGCCGCCGUGUCCUGAGGGCGGCCGCCGGGGCCCUGCACUCGUGUGUCCGCCUCGCGGGGGGCCCGCAGUGGGUGGCCGCGCUGGCUGAGGAGGCUCUGCGCGACCUGCGCGCUGUGCGGCCGGAUUCCGGCCACGAGGGGGCCUCCGGGGGCGCUGCCUGCGUACCCGACGGGCCGGGCGCCGAGGCGGCGGUGGAGGUCCUCGUGGCUGUCAGCCCCUGCCUGCGGCCGCGCGAAGACAGCGCGCUGCUAGAGCGGGUGGUGCAGGCUGCCGUGGCCGUGGCGCUGAGCGACGCCGAGGCCGGGCCGCCCGAGGAGGCGGCGGCGGCGCUGGCAGCGGGGCGGCUGCUGCCGGCUCUGGGCCGGUGCGGCGAGGCGGCGCUGCGGGCCGUGUGGGAGGGGCUGCGCGCUGCGGCCGCGCGGGCAGGGGCCUCGGGUCCGGGCGCCGGGCUAGCCGGGGUCGGGCGCCAGCUGUUGGUGCUGAGCGCCCUGGCUGAGAAGCUGCUGCCCGAGCCGGGCGCGGGCGGAGCCCCUCGCGGCCCAGAAGUGGGUCUCGACGCCCGGCGGUGCUGGCAUUUUUGGAGGACCGUGCAGGCGGGCCUGGCUCAGGCGGAGGACGCGCUCACGCGCAAGAGGGCGCGCUAUGUGCUGCGAAGGGCCGUGGAGGUGUCGGCGGAGCUGGGGGCAGACUGCGCGUGCAGCCCCCGGGAAGGAAACGACCCAAGUGUGUUUUGGUGGAAUGAAAAGAAAAAAGAUGAGCUUCUAAAAUUUUGGGAAAACUAUAUUUUAAUUAUGGAAACACUAGAAGGAAACCAGAUACAUGUUAUAAAGCCAGUCUUACCAAAGCUAAAUAAUCUGUUUGAUUAUGCAGUGUCAGAGGAGAAAGGAUUUUGGCUCUUUCACCCAUCCUGGCAUAUGUGUAUUUAUAAAAGAAUGUUUGAAAGUGAAAAUAAAGUCCUGACCAAAGAAGGUGUUACCCAUUUUUUAGAGCUCUAUGAAACAAGGGUUCUUCCAUUUUCACCAGAAUUUUCUGAGUUUAUUAUUGGACCGCUAAUGGAUGCGCUUUCAGAGAGCUCUCUGUAUAGCAGGUCCCCAGGUCAGCUGAUGGGCAGUGGUUCUCCAUUGGGAUUGAAAUUACAGAAGUUUUUAGUCACUUACAUUUCUCUACUUCCAGAAGAAAUAAAGAAUGGUUUCCUGUUACAGCUUAUUCAGAAAAUGACAAGUAGACACUGGUGUGCUGUUCCCAUUUUGUUUCUGUCUAUGGCUUUGGCAAAUGUCCCAAGAUGUAAAGCCCUGGGUGUAGAAGGGCUUCUUGCUCUCAGGGAUGUUCUUCAGUGUACUAUGAUCACACAUCAGAUUCUGUUGAGAGGAGCAGCUCAGUGCUAUCUUCUUCAGACAGCUAUGAAUUUGGUAGAUGUGGAGAAAGUAUCUUUUUCUGAUGUCUCAACUUUUCUUAUGUCUCUGAGACAAGAGGAAUCCUUAGGACGAGGAACUUCAUUGUGGAGAGAGCUCUGUGACUGGUUGCGUGUUAAUGAAAGCUGUUUCAGGCAGUCCUCAAAUUGUAGCUCCAUUGAACUUCAUGAGACAUCUCCUUUGAAUGCUUAUGUAAAGAAUCUAGUUCAAGAGUAUAUUAAGUCACCUGCUUGGGAAAGAGAAAACAGCUUUAUGCCUGAUUGGUUUGAAGCCAAGCUUGUUGCAAUGAUGGUCUUGCUGGCUGUGGAUGUGGAAGAAAUGAGGAAUCAAUAUAGUGAAAAGCGGAGAAUACAGAAUGUAUUAAGGAUAUUCUUAGAUCCUCUUCUGGAUGCCCUUAUGAAGUUUGGUACAAAUGCCUACAUACCCUUGCUGAAAACUGACAGAUGCCUCCAGUUGCUGUUGAAGUUAUUGCAUACUUGCUUGUUGAAAGGUUCCAGUACCCAAGAUGAUGAAGUGUUUACACUUCUUCAGAAUUUUCUCAUGUCUACUACAGAGAGCAUUUCUGAAUUUAUUCUCAGAAGACUUACUAUGAAUGAGCUAAGCAGUGUUUCAGAUCUGGAUCGUUGCCAUUUAUACCUGAUGGUAUUAACUGAGCUUAUAAAUGUCAAUCUGAAGGUUGGGUGGAACAGGGGUAACCCCAUUUGGAGAGUGAUUUCUCCUUUGAAAAAUGCAUCCAUUCAGCACCUUCAAGAGAUGAGCAGUGGGCAGGAACCAGCACUGGGUAGACAGAUCCAGAAAGUGGUUAGUAUGGCUUCAUUGGCCGUGGUGUGUGAGGCCAUUGAUCAGAAGCCAGAGCUGCAGCUAGAUUCGCUGGAUGCUGGGCCCAUGGAGAGGUUCCUGUCCUCUCUUCAGCUCAAUCAGACCUUACAGAAGCCCCACACAGAGGAGCAGAGCAGUUUUUUUGAAGAAUCAUCUUCCCAAGGAUGGGGAAAAAUAGUUGCACAAUAUGUCCAUGACCAAUGGGUCUGCCUCUCUUUCCUUCUGAAAAAAUACCACACCGUUAUACCAACCACAGAGAGUGAGAUUCUGGAACCCUUUUUACCUGCUGUUCAAAUGCCAGUAAGGACUUUGCAGUCUGCAUUAGAAGCCCUCACAAUUCUUCCUUCUGAUCAAGUUUUACCGGUGUUCCAGUGCAUGAGAAUUUUGGUUCCCAAGCUCCUGACCUCCUAUGAGUCACUCUGCAUGGAGUCUUUUGACAUGGGGUGGAAAAUCAUUUCUUCUUUAAGCAACACUCAGCUGAUAUUCUGGUCUAAUUUAAAAGCCUUUGUUCAGUUUGUUUUUGAUAAUAAAGUUCUUACCAUUGCUGCAAAAAUCAACGGCCAGGCAUAUUUCAAAAUAAAAGAGAUUAUGUAUAAGAUAAUUGAAAUGUCUGCUAUAAAAACUGGAGUCUUCAAUACGCUGAUAAAUUAUUGCUGCCAAUCGUGGAUAGUUUCUGCUUCAAAUGUGUCCCAAGGUUCUUUAUCAAGUGCCAAAAAUUAUAGUGAACUUGUCCUUGAGGCUUGUAUAUUUGGAACUGUGUUUAGGCGUGAUCAAAGACUUAUUCAGGAUGUACAAACCUUCAUAGAAAAUCUUGGACACCAGUGUGCAGCAAACGUUGUCAUUGAAAAUACUAAAAGAGAGGACCAUUAUGUGAGAAUUUGUGCUGUCAAAUUCCUGUGCUUACUAGAUGGCUCAAACAUGUCCCAUAAGUUAUUUAUGGAAGAUCUUGCAAUCAAGCUCUUAGAGAAAGAUGAAUUGGUGUCCAAGUCAAGAACUCGCUACUAUGUGAAUUCUCUGCAACACAGAGUGAAAAACCGAAUAUGGCAGACUCUGCUUGUACUUUUCCCCAGAUUUGAUCAGAAUUUCUUGAGUGGAAUUAUUGACAAGAUUUUCCAGGCUGGUUUCAUCAAUAAUCAAGCAUCCAUAAAAUAUUUCAUAGAAUGGAUUAUUAUAUUGAUUCUUCAUAAAUUCCCUCAAUUUCUUCCAAAGUUCUGGAAUUGUUUUUCUUAUGGUGAAGAAAAAUUUAAAACAAGCAUUUGUACAUUUUUAUCAGUUUUGUCACAUUUGGACGUCAUUAUUGAAGAUAUUUCAGAAAAGAGACUAAUUCUGAAGCAAGCCCUUAUUAUUGCACUGCAGUGGUGUUUCAGUCACAAUUUCAGUAUUCGACUCUAUGCUUUACUUGCUCUUAAGAAAAUCUGGAGCUUGUGUAAAACAUUAUAUGUUGAAGAAUUUGAUGCUUUGACUUCUGUGAUCGAAUCCAGUCUUAAUCAAGUGGAAAACACGCAUGGAGCAGGGAAUGCCAAGAAGAAUUGGCAGCGCAUUCAGGAGCAUUUCUUUUUUGCAACAUUUCAGCCACUUAAGGAUUAUUGUCUGGAGACCAUAUUUUACACCCUUCCACGCCUUUCAGGCCUUAUUGAAGAUGAAUGGAUUGCCAUUGAUAAAUUUGCCAAAUUCACUGACAUUCCUUUAGAUGAAGGAUUUCAGUGGUACCUUUCUCAAACUCAACUUUGUGAACUAAAACCAGGUGACUGGUCUCAGCAGGACAUAGAUUCUACCUCAGGUGAAGCAGAUAACAAAUCAGAGUGGACUGACGUUCAGAAGAAGAUUAUCCCAUGGAAGAAUAACGUUCCACAUUUAGAACUGGAGCUCGAGUUUCAGGAUCGUGCCGCCAAACUUGGGAAGUCAAUUGGCAGACUGAUUGUAGUGGGCUCACUCAUUGAUAAACCAACCAACUUAGGAGGAUUGUGCCGGACCUGUGAGAUAUUCGGGGCGUCGGUGUUUGUUGUUGGCAAUCUUCAUUGUAUCAGUGAUAAACAGUUUCAGCACCUCAGUGUUUCGGCAGAACAGUGGCUUCCUUUAGUGGAGGUAAAACCACCUCAGCUAAUUGAUUAUCUGCAGCAGAAAAAAGCAGAAGGUUAUACCAUCAUUGGUGUGGAGCAAACUGCCAAAAGUUUAGACCUGACUCAGUACUGCUUUCCUGAGAAAUCUCUCCUCUUGUUGGGAAAUGAACGUGAAGGAAUUCCAGCAAACCUCAUCCAGCAGCUGGAUGUCUGUGUGGAAAUCCCUCAGCAGGGCAUCAUCCGCUCCCUUAACGUCCACGUGAGUGGAGCGCUGCUGAUCUGGGAGUACACGAGGCAGCAGCUGCCCCGGCGCUGAGAGCAGAGAGAACACGUUUGUGCCUUAUUGGAGAUCAACUUUUGGUGCUAUUGAAACAAUUUUUUACAGAACUGUUUGGACUAAUGAAAUAGAUUCUGAAAGUUCACCGUAAUAAUUUGUAUUUUUUUUCUUGCAACUUAAUGCCAAAUUUUUUUCAUGUGCCUUAAAUAUAUAUUUAAAAAAAGAAAACAAUAUUAUUGACUCCUAAAUAAACACUUUGUUAAAUUACAUUGCUUCUUCAGUGAAAAAUUUAAGCAAUCAUGUAAAUAGAACAACGUACUUAAAAGAAUAAAUUCUUUCUAGAAACUAGGAUCGUUAGAGAUGUGGACUGUGAUAAAGUGAGGCGAAAUUAAAGCAACUGUUACCUAUAAGCACCCAUACCCUUAAGUCAUAAGGAAACAUGGUGAGGACGUAAAAGUUUGGAAUGAAGGAGCCGUCAGCCUAUUUUUGCUGCUUUAUAUCUACUUAUUCCCACGAGCAUACAUAUACUUGGCAAGAUGCUGAGCAAGAUUCCCCAUAAAGUUCAUCAUGCUUUAUGUACAGUUCAAGCUUUAUUUGUUAAAGACAUGAACUUGGCCAUAAUUGUUCAUAUUUAAGUUUUAUGAAAUUUUUCAUAUAUAGCCUUUACCCCAAGAGUUUAAAUAGUGGUUAGGAAUAAAUCAUUUUGUUAGUGUAUAAUAUAACUUUAAUAACUAUAAAAAUGAACCCAAAGGAGCCGAAUCGCUCUUGGAUAUAUAUAUAUAGAAGGUGAGAAUGAAACCUAUGGGUUCUGAUUUACUGUUUUUUUUUUUUUUAUUCCAGACAAUGUUUCUUUCUGUGCACAUAGGGUCGCCAUGAGUUGGAAGCCACUGGAUGGCACCUAACAACAAUUCCUGCAAUGUUUUUGUUUUAUAUUGGGAUUACUUCAUUAUUUAAUAGUAACAGCCACUUCUCACCAUCCAGCAAUCAACUUCAGUUAUGCCUAGGUCACUUUCAAUAAUAUAUAGAGUCCCUUACCUAUAUAUAUUUUUUUCCUUCGGUAAUUUUAUUUUGAAAUCAUUUUAGUUUUGCAGAAGAGUUGCUAAAAUAGUACGUAAAGUUUUCAUAUGCCCUUCACCCAGGUUUCCCUAAUAUUAACAUCUUAUCUAAUCAUGGUGCCUUUAUAAAAACUAAGAAAUUAAAUUAACAUCAAUAAGGUACUGUUCACUAAAUUGCAGAUUUUAUUUGGAUUUCCCAUUUUUCCACUAAUGUCCUUUCUCUGGUCCAAUAUCAAAUUCAGGAAAGUACAUUGCAUAUAGUUGUCUCUUUACUCUCCUCCAAUCUCUGACAGAUUCUCCGUCUUUCCUUGUCUCCUACGACUUUGAAAAAAAUUUUUUAAAUUAUAUUUGUUGUUGAGAGUAUACACAGAACAUACGUCAAUUCAGCAGUUUCUAUGUACAGUUCAGUGAUGUUGAUUACAUUGAGUUGUGCAACCAUUCUGACCCUCCUUUUCUGAGUUGUUCCCCCUCAUUAACAUAAACUCACUGCCCCCUAAGGUUCCUCCCUCAUCUUUCAAGUUGCUGUUGUCAGUUUGAUCGCAUAUAGAUAUAUCCUGAAUGAGCACCAUGCUCAAGGCAGACAUUCUUUACUAGUUAAGCAAAACCAUUGUUUGGUUUUAAGAAGAUGUAGGGGAAUAUUUUUGGUUUAAAGUUUAAAGGUUGUCUCAGGGCAAUAGUUUCAGGGUUUCAUCCACUCUCCAUGGCUCUGGAAAGUCUAGAGUCUGUGAGAAUUUGAAAUUGUUUCGCGUUUUUCCCCCUUUUGAUAAGUAUUCUAUACAAUCGUUGAUCAAAAUGUUCAGUGGUAGUCAGGUACCAUGCAGUUUUUCUGGUCUCAUGGCCAAAGAGGCAGUUGUUCAUGGAGGCAGUUAGGCAAAUGUAUGGCCUCACUUAUAUAAAAAGACAAGAACAGGCAAACAUUCUUAGUGGUUUAUUAGUGGUUACCAGGGCAGGAGGGAAGGGAAAAGGAGAGAUUAUUGCUUAUGGAGUACUGACAUUCAGAUUAUGGCAAUGGAAAAAUAGCAUUAAGAAUAGGGUGGCACAGUUGAUUAAUUGCUGUCGAAAAGUUGUACACCUGUAAAAAGUUGAAUUGGUUGAAGUUGUGUGACAGCAGUAUUUAUAACAAUGACAAAAAGACAGUAACUGCUAAGGCUGCUUAUGCACAACCACACACUUCAUGGGGUUUCGGUCCUUGGAGGUUUAGGGUCAUGGUUUCAUGGGACAUCCUGAUUAAGUGGCCUUAACAUCAUGUUUAGUGCUUCUGUUCUACCUCCUAGUUCAUUGUGUAGAGUGCUUGGGAGUUAGAAUCGACUCGACAGCAACAGGUUUGAGUUUUUUUUUUCCUGGUUUGGGGUCUUAAAAGGUUGCAAGUGGCUAUCCAACAACUGGUCUCUCUUCACUGGAGCAACAGAAGAAGGAGAGUCAAGUGUAGAAGGAGGAAUUGGAAUGUGUGUCUUUGACAUUUUUUAAAAGUACUGGGUAGCGUCUAAUGUUCUGUCAUGAUUAGUCUGAGGUUAUGGGCUUUUAGGAACAAUACACAGAGGUGAAGUACCCUUCACAUUAUAUCAGAGGGUACAUGGUACCUUUGACUUUUUACCUUGACCAUUUGGUUAAGGUAGUUUGUCAGGUUCUUUGUAACAAUCAGUUUGUUAAAAGUGUGUCAUGAAGUCCAGCCUGCACCCAGAGGUAAGGAAAAUAAGGUCCACCUCUGAAAGUAGCAGCAGAGAAUUGGUGGACCUGUUAAAACCACCAUAACAAUAAAUCUUUAGGAGAUACUUGGAGGCUAUGCAGAUAACGCUGUUUCUCCUUAGCUGUUUUGCCCACUAAUUUUAGCAUUCAUCAGUGGAUAUUGCCUGUAGUAAUUAUUACUAUAGUAUUCUAAUGGUGAUAGGCUAUUUCCG